CAGGUGGCGCUGAGCCCCGGGCUGAACCACGGCGCGGGCAGAGCCAGCCACGUCAGCACCUGGUGGCGGAGCCGAGCUGCGGGAUGGGGACGGCGGCCUUGGGAGCGGAGCUGAGCGUUCGGGUCCUGCUCUUUGUGGCCUUCCUGGUGACCGAGCUGCUCCCUCCCUUCCAGCGACGGAUCCAGCCGGAGGAGCUGUGGCUCUACCGGAACCCGUACGUGGAGGCCGAAUACUUCCCCACCGUCCCCAUGUUUGUCAUUGCAUUUCUCACUCCACUGUCCCUGAUCCUCCUAGCCAAGUUUCUGAGGAAAGCUGACGCCAACGACAGCAAGCAAGCCUGCCUGGCUGCGAGCCUCGCCCUAGCUCUGAAUGGUGUCUUCACCAACACAGUGAAACUGAUAGUGGGCAGGCCACGUCCAGAUUUCUUCUACCGGUGCUUCCCUGAUGGGCUGGCCCACUCUGACCUGACCUGCACAGGGGAUGAGGGCGUGGUAAAUGAGGGCCGGAAGAGCUUCCCCAGCGGACACUCCUCCUUUGCAUUCGCUGGUCUGGCCUUUGCCUCCUUCUACCUGGCAGGGAAGUUACACUGCUUCACGCCACGAGGCCGGGGGGAAUCCUGGAGGCUCUGUGCGUUCUUAUCGCCUCUACUCCUCGCAGCUGUAAUUGCACUGUCCCGCACGUGUGACUACAAGCACCACUGGCAAGAUGUACUAGUUGGGUCCAUGAUUGGAAUCACAUUUGCCUACGUCUGCUACAGGCAGUACUACCCUCCUCUGACUGAUGUAGAAUGCCACAAACCAUUUCAGGACAAGCACAGACUCCCCUCUUCACAGAGGAAGCCCAAUGAGUCUCACCACUUGGAUAUUUAGCUGAACCUACCUCAGUGGAGAACAAGCAAGUCAAUCCUCUUAACUGGACACCGUGCACAAGCCAAGAGUCUCUUCCAAGGUAAAAGUGAGGACAUGGCCACACUGGAUUCCUGCCUCCACAGGGCUGUGCACUUUGCCCCGCUUCCAAGGCUAGACUCGCAGGAAUCCCUGCCUGGAGCCUGCUCUGGCAAGGGGCUCUUCCGGGAGUUCUCUCAACAGGUUAAUGCUUCUGGGUUAUAAGACUGGUGUUCCAGGAUCGAGGGUCUUUACGUUUCUGUAAAUGUCACUCCCCUCAAGGAGACUUUCAUGAGGCCAUUUUAUCCUGAAGACUUUAUUACCAAACUUAAUCUGUCCCUACAAACAAGGGCAGUGCCAGCUAAACUUGUUUACUGUAUGUGGUCACAUUCCAUUAAGCCUUAAAUAAUGAAACUAACAACUCUGGCCAAUCUUUUUACUUCAUCAGGAAAGAAAAAUUACAGAUUAUCUGGAAGACAAAUGUAUCUCUUUCUGCCUUGUGUUCACAAAUAUAUGGAACAAUUAUAGGCUAUCAUGAGAACUUAUACAGAGGACCACCUAAUAGCUACUUUGUUGUACUUUAAAUAAAAUUUUGUCUUAUGUA